AUGGAGGCCGCCCCUCCAGUUAGAUCCAGCCUCUUUGGGGUUCUGCUGCAGGUCGGGAGGCUUUCAGUGCUGCUGGCUCAGAACCGUGUACACCUGUACAGCUUCUUACUUCUAAAGAUCUCCAUCUUCCGGAAUUGGGUGUCAGGGCUGGCACAGGAGGCCCGGGGCUCCAGCAGCACACAAGCCAACCUGCCCCCGGGAGUCAGCACAUGUCUCCUGGGCCAGGCUCUGCAAGCGGGAUGGUCACUGCUAUGGAUCCCUGCAUGGCUGCUGCUGUAUGGACCCAGGCUGAUGUGGGCAGCAGGGCUGGGCUGUGCCCGGACCCUGGGCCUGGGCCUGCAACGCCUAGGUGCUUCCAAACAGCUGUGCAUGACUGUGGCCACCUGGAGGGAUCUGCUUCUAUCCUGUCUGCACAGCCUGAUGCUGGUGGCCCUGCUGCUGCUCCUGCUGACCUGGAGGCUAGCCCAGAAGGCCCAUCGCUUCAGCCUGGGUUGGAUGCCCUGCCAGGUCCUGCUGGAGAGUCGCAUGGUGCUGGAGCCCCUGAUGCUGGUGAGGCAUCUCUACUGGUGGGUGGAGCACACAACGACGCUGGCCUCCUGGCACCUGGUCUAUCUUAUCACUUGGACCGCCUGCCUUGCCUCCCACCUGCUGCAGGCCGCCUUCGAGCACACAGCCCAGCUGGCUCAGUCCCAGGAGGCUGAACCCCUGGAGGCCUCAGGGCCCUUGCCUGAGUCCCCACUCCCUGAAUCUUCCACCCCUAAGGCUGGGCCCAUUCCACCAGAGCCUGGAACUCCCAGAGAAUAA